AUGCCCGAUAGUUCGGAUCAAUUGUCGUCGCCGAACAGCGAAUGCAAUAGCCAGAUAGGUGUUAUGCACCGGAACACGUCCACCGGACAAUUUGACGAUUCGUCGAUGCCCGGACUCGCGUUGACGCAUCAGACGCAUUCGCAAAAUCUAACGUCCGCCUCGAACGGUGGUGGCAGUCUUCAGUAUCCUCAAGAGUUGACCACUUGUAGUUCCGCGAAUACGUCCACCAAUAUAGGAAACAUCGGUGGACUUUCUCUGGGAAUUACGGCCAGUAACUAUACACCGGACCAGAUAUCUUGUAUGUGCAAGGCGUUAUCGCAGAGGCAGGAUAUCGAGAAGCUCACGAGGCUCCUAUGGUCGUUGCCGCCUGGCGAGUUGUUCCGCCGCGACGAGAACGUGCUGAUAGCAAGAGCCACGGUGGCUUUUCAUCGGGGCGCUUACCACGAGCUCUACUCGAUCUUGGAGAGCCAUCCGUUCUCCUCGGAUCGGCACCCGGAACUGCAACAGAUGUGGUACAAGUCGCAUUACCGCGAGGCGGAAAAGAUCCGCGGACGUCCGCUUGGUCCGGUCGACAAAUAUCGGCUCAGGAAAAAGUAUCCAUUGCCAAAGACGAUCUGGGACGGCGAGGAGGUGGUGUACUGCUUCAAGGAACGUUCGAGAAACGCGCUGAAACAAUGCUACAUGAGGACCAAGUAUCCACUCUCCGAGGAGAAGAAGAAUUUGGCGAAGGAGACCGGCUUGACCUUGACCCAGGUGGCUAAUUGGUUCAAAAAUCGACGGCAGAGGGAUCGCACGCCGCAAACGAGAACAGACAUGCUACCGUUAAACUGCCAGAAUAAUGCGAGCAACGUGAUCACCGGCUCGGUUACCAACGGAGAGAGCAUUCAAUCUUUGCAGAGCAUCGAUUCCAACGGCACGAAUCUCGCGAUGUCACCGCUCUCGACGAUGAGCAUGUCACCGGUCGCCGUGAAUCCGUGUAGCCCGAUGGGUAUGAGCCCGAUGGCUUCUCGCCAUCCAAGAUACGCGACACCCGUGGCCCCGUCCUCCGUGCACACCACGCAUCCCCACAGCGGCAGUCUUAGCCCUAUGAAUGACGUUAAAGCCUUAUGCUACGGCCGCGGGGUUUGCGAAACCGGUAAAGACACCGAUCAGACUUCCGUCUAUUAUUCUACUCAUUCGAGCAUGCAUCAUCAGUAUUAUCAACAGACGCAUCAUCAGAUGAUGUCCACUGCUCAUCAUUAUCAACAUCAUCAACAGAGUAUGCCAACCGGAUAUGAAAUUGCGCUUCCGCCUCCUCAACACUCGACGUGA